UUUGCUAUAAAAUUUUGAAAUUUAGUGAAACCCAAUUCUACUGUAGAUCAACCCAUGAUCCGUAGAGGUAAAGAAUACUCGAUAAUGGAUUACGGUUGGUGGGUAGUGCAUUCUAGAAAGAGCCGAAAUGGCUGUUCCAUUCGAGUUCCGUGUUGUUGUAGUGCCAUAGAAAGAGGAAAGAUUUUGUUCAUUUCAUAGAAAUGGGAGAAGAGAAGCGGUUAGAUGGUUCUUCUUCUUCGUCGACGGCAUGGUUUUCUCACUUUUGGGCGUCUGCUCGGCGGUUCAAAUCUCUCGCUCCACCGUCCACCACCGAUACCCCGGCGGGCGAUGGACUUGUUCGCCGUCUGGGACUCUUUGAUCUCCUUCUACUCGGCAUUGGCGCCUCCAUUGGAGCCGGAAUCUUCGUCGUCACCGGUACCGUCGCCCACGAAGCCGGUCCGGGGGUCACAAUCAGUUUCGUAAUUGCAGGAUUAUCUUGUGUUCUUAAUGCACUCUGUUAUGCCGAGCUAGCAUCGCGUUUUCCUGCAGUUGUUGGCGGGGCUUAUUUAUAUACCUACACGGCUUUCAGUGAGCUUAUGGCAUUUCUGGUUUUUACACAGUUGAUGCUUGAUUAUCAUAUUGGUGCAGCUAGCAUAGCGCGCAGCUUAGCAAGCUAUACAAUUAAUGCACUAGAGCUCAUUCCUUUCCUUAAGGAUAACAUUCCAAGCUGGGUUGGGCAUGGCAGCCAAGUGCAUCUUGGAGUGUUUUCUUUUAACCUAUUAGCUCCACUUCUGCUUGUAAUCUUGACAAUGGUGUUAUGUUGGGGUGUUGGAGAAUCCUCCAUAUUCAAUGCAGUGGUGACUGUGACAAAGGUAGUCAUUGUUUUUUUUGUGAUCAUUGUUGGAGCUUUUAAGGUUGAUGCUUCAAAUUGGACCCCUUUUGCUCCACAUGGUUUCAAAAGCAUAUUGACUGGGGCCACGGUGGUAUUCUUUGCUUAUGUUGGAUUUGAUGCAGUCGCUAAUUCUGCUGAAGAAUCUAAGAGACCACAGAGAGACUUACCAUUAGGCAUAGUGGGGAGCCUGCUUGUCUGUAUUGCACUAUACAUUGGUGUCUGCUUAGUGAUUACUGGAAUGGUUCCGUACAAACUCCUUGGCGAGGAGGCCCCUUUAGCUCAUGCUUUCAAGGCCCAAGGGUUGACAUAUGUUUCGGUGUUAAUCAGCGUUGGUGCUAUUGCUGGACUCACAACUACACUUCUGGUCGGGCUUUAUGUUCAGUCGCGACUAUAUCUUGGGCUUGGAAGGGACGGUUUAUUGCCUUCACUAUUUGCUAGAGUACAUCCCACUCGACACACUCCUGUUCACUCUCAAGUUUGGGUUGGGAUUGUUGCCAUAAUCUUGGCUGGCCUGUUUAAUGUGCGUUUACUCUCACACAUUCUUUCGGUGGGCAGCUUGACGGGCUACUCUGUCGUUUCAGCUUGUGCAGUAACCCUACGAUGGAAGGAGAAGAAUGUGAACGAGGUUUCUACCGGGUUCAUCUCAGGCAGGAGUGAAGGCAUCAUUUGCCUUAUUUUAGUUGCCUGUUGUGGAUUUGCUGCUGGAGCCCUUUACCGUUUUGGAGCUCCUUUUGGUUUCCUCGUUUUAUCUGCAGUUAUUGCGAUAUUUGCUGCUGCUGCUCUCCAUUUCCGACAAGUUUAUGAUGAUCCACCGGGAUUUUCCUGCCCCGGGGUCCCAAUUCUACCUGCUGUCUGCAUCUUCUUGAAUAUUUUUCUUUUUGCCCAGUUGCACUGUGAGGCAUGGGUGAGAUUUGUUGUUCUCAGCAUUGUUGCUGUUGGUAUUUAUGCACUGUAUGGACAGCAUCAUGCCAAUCCUGAUAGUUCAGGCACAUCCCUAAUUAUUUACCAAAGGGAAUCUGCAGAUGUUUAGACUUAAUCUCGAUGAUACAAAUGUAAAUGCAACGUUUUCUAUGUAUAAGUUUGAAUUCCAAAUAUCGGUCUCUAUUUAUGACCUUAUUUUAGGGGACAUAUUGCACUGUUAUCCACAUUCACGGGUCGAAUUAACCUAGUUGAGUUGCGGUGAAGACUUACAAUGCCAAGAUUGACUAGGUUGGAACUAAAAAAUGGCUGUGAAGAUGCUCCAAUGAAAUGAUUUGUUGUCCAAACGAAA